AUGGCUGGUCCGGGGCAAGAGAGACUGGACGAUGCACGUCGAAACGAAGACUUUCACAAGCAAGCAGCCGCGCACGCGAGGCAAGACCGUCGAUUUGUAAAUCAAGAGAACGAAACUCUCCGGCGUCAGCUCGCGACCUUUCAAAACAACUUUCGAGCCAGUGAAGAGGAGCGCCACCGUUUACAACAGUUCAUCUUGGAGAGUCAGCGCAAGAUUGCAGAGUUGGAGCGUGGUGAAGCGGAUUUACAUGGCCAGAUCAUGGAUGAUCAAGACCAACUGCAAAAAUUGGCGGGAGAGGCAGCCGAUGCUAGGCAAGUCCACGACAACGAUGUCCGCGCCCUUCACAAUCAGAUUCACGCUCGAGAAGAGGAAGUGGAGCAACUUCGACAAACGAUCAGGAGGAAUGCGCGUUCGAAAGUGAGCAACAGUCCGACAGCAAAACGGCGUGGACGUGUCAGCACGGAGCUAUUCAAUCCCGGACGCCCCGCUUUGAUUCAGCUCCCACUCGAUCCUGCACCCGUUCCCGCUAGUGCUGGACCAUCGCGGCCAACUGUAGACUUGGCUAUCGCGGAUGUUGCGAAAUCGUUGGACGUCGAUGCUGAUGUGCUCUCCAAGUUAAUGGGAGUAAUGGAACUGGUGAAUAAUGGACGUGCCCGUGUGAUGAUUGGUUCGACAAACGGUGGAGGGAAACAGAGUAAGCGCAAAGCGCAGGAGAAAGCGGCCGUUGCUCCCCAAACAGGUGAUCUAGUGAAAAAGGCACAUGCCAUGAUGCGCCAGGUGACCUAUCAAAGAUUCGGCUGCGAGCAGGCCACAGACUUCAUCUUCCACACGCCUGCAACGGAGGAAGAAGUGGAAGCUUUCGCCAACGAUGACCAAGCCUGCAUCCGCAAAUGGCAGUUUGACUUCAGCGAGGGAUAUACCAGCUCCGCUUGGAAUAUGGCAGUGUUGGAGCGACUUGUUGCAGAAGCUGAGAAGGAAGAUAACGACGGCAUGGGCUACGUCCGAAAGGGUCUCAUUCAGCGCGAGUUCCUCGCGUACAUCGCUGCUGAGCAACUCGCCCGAUACCGCGGCAAUUGGAAGCAGUUCCAACCGAAGUGGGACCCGAGUAAGGAUCGUAUGGAGACCAGGGCUGAAGCGAUUGCCCGUGGCCAAGUCAUCUUGUUCCAGCGUCGGAUGUCGUCCAAGACGAUAAAUGCUCAACACGAUAAAUACAACCAUUGUCACAACACCGUUCAGUCGACGAUCACCCUGAAGGAAGAGGAUGGUGCAAACAAUCUUGCGACUUGGAAGAGGAUGUUGGAUCUCUUGGUGUUGCUUGGUGCGAAUGGAAUGUCUGAGGAGGAGGAGACACCCGCAACCCACAUGGGAUCCAAGAUUCGGACGUAUAAGAUUCUGCUGUGUUGGUGGCGGGAGCCCGUCAUUGCGGAUUACAUGCGCAUGGUGGACGUCCAAACGGCGCACUUCCAGACACUUCAAACUGGUGCAAAGCCCGCUCCUCGCGUUCGCGGACAGACGUACGGAUCCAGAGCUGUCCCGAAAGGACUCCCGGAGAGUUUGUAUAACAAAGACUGGCUCAAAUCACUCUCCCCAAAGGAACUCAAGGAAGUGAAGGUGUCAAAGCAAGUAUUCACGUUGUUUGUGGCGGCAACUGAGCGCAUGGGAUUUUAG